UAUACCGACCAGCGAGACUUUUAAAGGGGGUUACAAUUUCACAUAUAAAUUGAAAAUCGCUCGGCAUGUUUUUCGAAUUGUUCUAAAUCAAAAUUAAAAUUCUACACAAGUUGUGAUUUACGGUGAUUCAGGAUAAUGCUCUCCAUGCGUUUACUUAUAAGAAGCAAUUGGCCUCAUUAUGCAGCCACGGCCCCGAGGUUGCAUACUUCAUCAUUAUUGUACGAUUCUUCCGAAUCGUCAUCAUCUGAUUCAGAUAAUAACAUCACGAAAAAGAAACCGAAAGCUAACCCAGUUCAGAGAGAAGAACAGAAACUCCAAGCUCAGCAAGACACUACAAACCAUCUCAAUAGCUUGUUAGAAAAAAUGAUGACGAAACCAAAAGUGAGCAAAACCCUGGAACCUGGAUCAAGCACAACACUGGACCUUUCAGUGCCUCCCAAGAAAAAAAACAUGAAACGUCCAAAAAAAAAAUACGAAGACUCAUUACUUGGCGCAGCUAAAGAAGUUGCUACUUCUCUUGGAGGAGAUGUACAGAAAACAGAGGCAGAGUUAUUAAAUAAACUGUCCCCUGAAAAUAACAGCAAAUCUGAAAAAACUUUGAAUGAUGCUCAAACACCACUUUCACUUAGUGAAUUGCUAGCAGGCAUGAAAAUUGAUCGGGCUCCGAUUGAGCCAACACCCCCAACACCUCGAAUACAAAAAGUGUCACGAGCUCGGAAAGCAUCAACAACAUUCGAGUCCAUGUCAUUUGAGUUUAGAGAAAGGCCUCAAUUGUCUCAGAUGACAGACCAUCGGACUACUGAACCUGCCAGAUUGUACAAUGGAAAUCCUCUGUCAAUUUUCCAAAAGUCAGAAAAGACAGAUACAUCGCUGGAAACUCCAAAACUCACGACUUGGGAAACCCUGCAGAAAAGAGAAUUUGCACUCAGUUUAAGCCAUCCUCCCGAAAAUAUAUUCCAAGAAAUGAUAUUGUGGACUGAGCAAGGCAAGCUGUGGAAAUUCCCAAUCGAUAAUGAACAAGGUUUAGAAGAAGAGCAGAAUGUACAUUUUUCGGAGCACGUUUUCAUGGAGCGUCAUCUUCAAGAUUGGUGUCCAAGGAGAGGUCCGAUACGACAUUUCAUGGAGUUGGUUUGCGUGGGACUUUCGAAAAAUCCAUACAUGACCGUCAAGGAGAAAAAAGAGCAUAUUGCUUGGUACCGGGAAUACUUUGCGAGCAAGCAAGAUUUGCUAAAAGAACUAAAUGCCAUUGAGGCGGACAUCCCACUACCAUCAAAACAAAUAGAAGCAUAAAACUCAAUUCAGUAGAAUGCUUUAAUACAACAGUGCUUCAUUGAUCAUAACGCUACAAUCGACAAUAGAAAGCAGCAUUUCGCAAUACCAAUAAACUUCUAGCUAAUCCGAA